CAAAUCAUUUAAUUAAUGGUUUAGAAAUUUCACCAAACUUAGUAAACAUAACCUUUUACUUUUAAGCAUUCAAAGUUCUCUAGAAAUUUAAAAUCAAAAAUGAAUUAAAAAUUUAACCCUCGAUUUUCAUCCAUUAUAAUCAAAGUGAAACAAAUUAAUUUCUCUAUUGGGCUAUAUAUACGGAAUAAACAUGUCUGUGAGCCAACUGAAGCCGGAGGAGCAGAUGGUCCUGGCAGCCUCCGAGAAGUCCUGGAAGUCAAUGGGCCCUCAACUGUUUGGAGAAAGCGAGUUCAGUUUCGUGGCUGCAAGCAGCUGCAAUGUGGCCCUCCAGCGGGGCUUCUACUUCUCCCUUCGCAUGCCCGACUGGGCUAAGGACUUUAAGCACCAGACCCAGAAGAUCCUAUCCCAUGGUUUUGACGGCUCAAGGAAAAGCUACAAAAGCAGCAACGAACAGCAUACGAACAUAUCGAAAUUCUAUGGAGAUUAUCGUUCUGAGCGUUAUGGCGAAGUCUUCUCGGAGAGCAGUGGUGCACAAUUCUUUGAAAACAUUCCCCGAGAAAUGCAAGUUUCCAAUCAAACGAAAUCAAAGCGACCACUGCGAUCACCCAAGAUCAAGGACGACUUAACGUGUGGCAAAAAAGUGUCAUCCUAAACACCCUGGCAUUGGCUGUCGAAAAUUCGAGGUCACACCUAAGCAUCACAGGGAGUUCGGGAUUCCGACGCUAGGUAAAAUGGUAGUGGGCCUGAUUUUGCGAGCGGGCGUUGUCUAUGCUGUGGUAAUGGUCACCAAGAACUACGGCGUGUGGGGAUCGCCGAACAAGACGCAGGAUGUGUACGAUGAAACUGUGGAGCGCAUUGAACCCUACGCCGAUCGGGCGCGACGUCAACUGAACAUCUGCCCGCCUAGGCCGCCACCGCAAGGAGAAUGGUCCUUCUUUGGCAUCCAUUACUACAAUCAGUUAGUUAAGUCGGUUUUCGACUUACUGAGCGUCAUUCCCGCUGGACUGGCAUCGUUUUUGGGAAAAGUACCAAGCUUUGUCAAUGCUUUUAACGAAACCAUUCAAAAGUACAUUAAGGAGAGCCAGUCGACGAAGAAGGAAAUAAAGAUAUCCAAGGGGCAGCUGGACGAGACUCCUCUGGUCAGACCACCAGGACUAGUCCCACCGCAUUGUAAGGACAAGGACUGCCCAAAGGCUCCUCUGAUUCCACCAGGAUGCGACCGGAACAGGGAUAGCUUUAUCUACGAGCCGCGAUUGCCCAAAAAGCCACCGUGCGAGUGCUCGAAGUGCAAGCAACGUCAGGCGGAAAAUUGGAAGGAUAACAAACGCAAGUGCGCCAGACUACCCAGCGAUGAAGGGAAGUGUAGAUGCGGUGAGAAACCCCAGUCAGAACCCCGCUCGGAGCCCAUCAAAUCCUGCAAACAGUGCCGAAAAACACCUCGAGAAACCGCUACCUAGAAAUCCCUUAAUUCAUUGACCAAAUUUAUUGUACAGUAACCUCAACAAUAUAAAUUUGGUUACUUUCUUGUAA